AAAAUGAUGCAUCCUGUUGCCAGCAGUAAUCCAGCUUUCUGUGGCCCUGGCAAGCCUUCCUGCCUCAAUGAAGAUGCCAUGAGAGCAACUGAUCAGUUUGACAUAUAUUCCUCCCAGCAAAGCAAAUACAGCCACACAGUCAGCCACAAGCCAAUGGUUUGUCAGAGGCAAGACCCACUAAAUGAAACACAUUUGCAGCCUACAAGUGGCAGAAGCAUAGAGAUAAAAGAUGAACUAAAGAAAAAGAAAAAUCUCAACCGAUCUGGUAAGCGUGGCCGGCCUUCGGGAACCACCAAAUCAGCAGGAUACCGGACCAGCACAGGCAGACCUCUGGGAACCACCAAAGCAGCAGGAUUUAAGACAAGUCCAGGCAGACCUUUGGGUACAACUAAAGCUGCGGGAUAUAAAGUCAGCCCAGGGAGACCUCCAGCAGGAAAAAAGCAGCAAGCCUUCAGGUGUUCCAGUGAUGCCUGACACAAUGAGCUGGACUUUAUGCUGCUCUUUACAGUAAGAGGUGUUGCAUUGUAUGUGGGGACUGUGUGUGCACUGGCAUCUAAGACAGUGACCUCAACAAUACUAGCUUUGCACAAACCAUAGAGAACAAUGUUGGAUGACUACAUAAUCAGUUGUAACAUUCUGGCAGCUAAAUUGCUAUAAGAGCUUCUUGCAGAAGCUUAAAAUAUAAAACUUUUAAUAAUUUACUCAGAACAGUAUAACUUCUGACACACACAAAUGCUUGCAUCUUUAUUCAUAUGUUCAUCAUCUACUUUUUUAUAUGUCUACUUUAUAUGUCUGUCAUUUUACUGUUUUUCAAGAUGAUGUUCAGCAGUUGGCUGCUUCGAAAUCUCUACUUUGAGCUAAUUCCUGAAGGCAGUUGUUUAACUGAAUGUUAGAAUAAUAUACACCAUUGUCAAGGAUUUGAUUGGAUGUUGUGCUUUUAUAAGUUAAUUUGAUAUUUCCCUUUCAGUUUAUUUUCAUUCCUGAUUUUGUUAUACAUACCCUUCUUUUUCUCCCCUGCCCUCUCCUACAUAUAUUCAUUCCCCUUCCUCCACCCUUCAGCACAUCUUCUCAGUGGUGCUGUGCUGUGUGUCAGAAUAUAAAGCAGGUGUAUUAUUGUGUAAUGAAUUUUGUAUACAUGUUUAUGGAAUGAUGAAAUCAACUAAAGGAGGCAUGUUCAUAACAGUGUUUAUUAUCAGGAGCUAUCUCCCGGGGUGGGAGGGAGGGAGAUUAACUUGCUACAGUUAUGAAUGGAUAACAUCACUUAAAAAGUUUAAUACACUGUUCAUGUGAGCACUUACCUGGAGUAUUAGAUCUGUACACUGAUGAGCGUCUCCUGAUAUCACUUACUUUUCUCCUUGUGAACAGUUUACUGGUGCCAUGCUGAAGAGAAAGACAUCAAAGUGAUAACAUGAAUGAAGUCUUAAAAUAUAAGAUAUUUUUACUUCAAUAUAAUCUAAAGACUACAUUGUGCAUCUUUUGUAAUUCUGUCUCUUGUCAUGAUAAACACUGAAAUAGCAUGUUAAACAGUUGCCUAUACUUUAAUAUAAUCAGUUGGGGAAAACUGGCCUUUUCCUUCCACUUUAUGAUUGUUCCUUGAAAGGUAAAUUGCUAAUUUUAUACUGUGUAAUUCUGUUCUUCACAAAAUAGGUUUCACUGUUGUGUAUUAAAACUGUUGGUCAGAAAAUGAUCUGCUAUUCAAGUAAGUUUGCUUUACUGUUUUCUUUAAAAAAUAUUUUAACAUGCCUUAUUUAUUGUUGUCAUAUUAACAAAUAAAGAGCUAAUACAGAUGAAAUUUUCAUUUUUUGACAGAUAUACCUUGCAUAACUAAUCUUUAGUAUGGGAUGAUUUUGAUAUUAUCUUUGGAGUUUUGCACUGGAUAUUUUAAAAAAUAUAUUGGCACAAUGUAUUGGAAGAAAAUAAGUAGUAUCUGGUUUAAUUUUUAAUAUUUGGGGACAUUUUUUAAAUCGAUGUUUCAAUUAGACGAAAAAUUCUUUAUAUUUUUUAUUUACUUUUUAAAAGAAACAUCUGUCAGAGUAAUGUUCAUUCCAAACUGAUGUUUGUGUGGAUUUGCUUGUAUUUUUUCAUGAAAUUAGAAUAGAGUUUCUUUGAAUAAAGGAGGAAAAAAAAUAUUUGGAUCCAUUUAUAUGAGGCUAAAGGUGAUCCAUCCAGUGUAAGAAUAACCACAGUGUAUGAGCUAAAGGGAAAAAAGAAAAUUUCUCCUUUAUAUUCUUAAGAAGCUUUAAAAGAGCAAUUCAGAGGAUAUCAAUGAUAACUGCUACUCUGUCAGUCAUUGUCUCUAUAUGCAGUAAAAUUUUAUGGUCCCUUUAAUAGUAAAAUAAAAGAAUUCACCACAGUUCUCCAAAAUAUUUUUUUCCUUGGACAUGAAAAUUUUUGAUGCUAUUCUAUUUUUGUUCUUAUUAUAGCUUAAUUAUAUGCUAUUAAACUCUCUAGGAUGUAUCUAAAUCUUUCCUUUGCUUUUUUCUCCUAAUCCCUCUAGGUAGAUAAAUCUGUACUCUCACAUAAAAUGUAUUUAAUUUUUGGAAAAUUUAAUGCUAUAGUAAAUCAGGUGUAUGAGUUAAUCAGACCACUUUGAUUCUUUAAGUUUUCACAAUUUACUUUUUCCACAUGUAAUUUUGGAAAAAAUAAUUACCAAUUAACUGAUAAUAAGCACGCUGUCCUCUGCUGUAAAAAGUCUGAAUAGAUACUGUGUAUGUUUUUAUGUCCAUGAACUUGAGCUACUCGUGUGCAAUUAUGUGUAUGGGAAUGGAGUAGUGUUCAUGAUUUGUAUCAACAUCAUCAUAUGGAUGUAUAUUUAUUAAUAAAGUCAUUACUUUAAAACCAA